GUUCAGUAUUAUUGAUAAAACAUAAUAACGUUAAAAAUGUUAAUAAUUAGAUUAUGUAAAAGUUUACAUUAACAACUUUGAAAUCUAUUUAAAAAAACAAAUUGAAAUAAUAUAAAAAAAAAAAAGAAAUAAUAAUAAUAAUAAUAAUAAAAGAUUAUCAAGGAUGUCUACGCUGGAGGAUAAAAUAUUAGGAGAAAAAACGCACUACUAUUGCAGUAGUUCAAGCGAGGAUGAAAAUGAUAGCGAAGAUUCUAACAAUGUUGAUAAAGAAAACAAAUAUUCAAGUAGUGUAUAUAACCUUUCACCAUCUUACUCCAAUGCACCAUCUAAUUUUGUAUGGGAUGGAUCAUCCAGUAAUACAGGACCUAAAGGUGUUAUUAAAGAUUGGCAAAGAUUUAAACAAAUAGAAACAGAAAAACGAGCAAUGCUUGAAAAAGAAAGAUUAGAAAUAAUCAAGAAAGCAAGUUUUACAUGUCGCACUGAUUUAGAUGAAGAAAAAGCAAAACUAGAAGAAACAGAUCCAGAAUUAGCUGAUUUAUUGUCAGAUGAAUUUUUAAUAACUUACCAAAAGCAAAGAAUGAAAGAGUUGCUUGAAAAAGUACAUAAAGAACAUGAACGACACUUUGGUGAACUAAUCACAUUAGAAACUGCUGAUGCAUUUGUAGAUGCUAUCGACAAUGAGGAUAAAUUUGUAACAGUUAUUAUUCAUAUAUAUGAAGACAAAGUUUAUGGAUGCAAAGAAAUGAAUAGUACUUUGAGUACUCUUGCUAAGGAAUACCCUAGCUAUAAAUUUUGUAGAAUUUCAGGAUCUGUGGCUGGAUUGAGUAGAUCUUUUAAAGAGAAGGGUGUUCCUGCUUUAUUAGUCUACAAAGAAGGACAAUUAAUAGGAAAUUUUGUUAAAUUGAACGAUCAAUUGGAAUCUAAUUUUACUCCUACUCAUGUAGAAACAUUUUUAGUUGAAAAUGGAAUAUUACCUAAUAGAUGUGGUAUACGUGAUAUCAUUAUUUAAGAAAUGACACUCGAGUAAUAUUAAUAAAUACUUUGUUAUGUAAUAA